CCGCGGCAAUACAUUGAAUCGCAGAAGCAAAAGUUGGUUGACCCAACGGUACUGGCCAAACUGACCAGGCUUCCAACUUACAAGUCGAGCAUUGAUCCGGCUGAGAAACAAGCACGUGAAGCAACGGCAAAUGCUGGUGGAUCUUCGAAGGCGGCAGCCGGUACUGCGACAACAUCGAUGGCAGUCCCAAGCAGUGCUGCAAGUCACUGCGAGCCAGCACGAAAAAUCGAUUCCGGGAAUUGA